AUGUUCGCAACCAGACUAGUUAAUUCUGUUAUCCGGUCGAGCAACAUCAAGCUAGUUCGUCUCUUUAACUCGGAAUACACCAAGCACUUCCUUAUGCCAGCCGCUGCCCGAUUGGUUGCUCUGAACAACCUAGACGCGAGUUCUAUUGUUGGAACGGGUCUCGGUGGUCGCAUUAUGCGCUAUGAUGUCGUGAAAUUCAUGGAAUCAAAUCAGGGAGGAGUGAAGAAGCAGCCUGCUGCUCCUGCUGCUGCGUCUCCGAAGGGAAAGAAAGCUGCGAAACCCGUUAUUCCUGCCGGAAAUGGUGCAAAGGUGACUUACGAAGAUUCCCCUAUUCCGGGCGAAACGAAAUCGAAAAUGGAUCUGGAUCAGCAGAUGAAGAAGACUAUUCCCCAUUGCUACCUGAAGAGCACGCUGUCUAUAACAAAUACGCUCCAGCUGAUUAAAACGCUUUCCACCACCGCGGCCACGCCUCUCACUCUCACGGAUUUCGCUGUGAAGGCGAUUUCCACAGCGUUGGUGCGAGAACGCUCGCUUCCCAGCGUGGAUGUGAACGUGUCCCUCACUCUUCCUGACAGCACGCCGCGCAUGUUCACGCUGCCUCAAGUGCAGAAACUCAACAUUUUGGACAUCCACAACGCCAUCCAGAAGAUGCGCGACGCGCCUGCGGACGCGCCUGCGGCCCCGGUGAGCGGCAUCGUGACGGUAAACGUGCUGGAGAACGUGGUGAGCGCGGGAGGAAUCUUGUCGUGCGCGCAGGAGCUGGGAACGGUGACGAUCGGAAGCCCGGUGCGAUCGGUGGCGGUGGACGAGGAGGAGAAGAUGAGUGCGUGCGUGAAGAGCGAGGUGGACUUCACGGUGAACGCGGUGAAGAUGAGCGAAGUGGAGGGGUACGAGGUGCUGGGAACGUUCAAGAAGAUGAUGGAGACGCCGGAGUUCCUGCUGGAGUGA